AUGAUUGCUACAGCUAUAAACAAUCUGCCAGAGGCUACUCCUCUUUUAAGAAAUAGAAAUCUGCAACCUGAAAAUUCAACCGAGGAUACCGCGAAUCAGGUACCAAAUGAUAACAACAAUACUGGAAAAUCAAAAAAACGAUUACAUUAUUAUCAUGAAUUAGAUGAUUGGCAAAAGGAUAACCAUUAUAUCAAAUCAGGCUAUGUUAAAGAAACAUUAUCAUAUUUAGGAUGUCUUGAAUCUUUAACUUAUUUACAUANGGAUACGUUAAAGAAACAUUAUCAUAUUUAG